AUGUUUGUGCCUGUGCUUGGUUUUCUUAUCCACGCUUACAAUACUUGUGGGGUCGAUAAUGACGUUUAUGAGGGAACGGUCGCCAUUGACAUCUUCAACUGUUAUCAGGAUUUUGCGAGGAACACCUACAUGCUGAUUUUCAUAAUUCAGAGCGUCCUCAUGUAUUUCGUUUGGAAGGCAGUUUCCCAUGAUCUACAGCCUAGCCAGAACAGGUAUUUGUACUGGGGCUUGGGAUGCCUCAUCCAAGUCAUGGCUAGAGAUCAGAUGGGCAAGAGCUUUUGGCAUGAAGUUCGCUUCUGGAAGAUUGUGUUCAAGACGAACCGGACUUCGCUCAUGUGUGCGCAAGAGAAUAUCGAUGAGAAUCGCAGUUUUCUGCGCUUUGUGCUGUCUUACUUGGCGAAUUUCACAUUUCAGUACGCGCUUUUGUUCUUCCUGCCUUUGCAGCUGAUGCGCAUCUCCAGCGAUAUCGACUUUGUGACGAACUCCGUGGCGAUCAUCUUCAUCGUCAGGCUUGAUGAUCUGGACGACCCCCUCACGUAUGAAUUUGGAUUUGAAGGAGGAUUUGCAGAGCCGAAUCUGGUUGAUUUUGUACCUCUUGAGCAAGAGGAUUUGGUGUACGAUGACGUCAUGCAGGGCAGCCACCAACGCCUAGACCGCUCUCGUAGGUGCACGGUUAGCUAG